GAGAGCGGCCGCGCGAGCAGCUGGAGGAGGAGCAGCGGGCGCCGGGCUUCUCCCCGCGGGAGCCCCCAGCAUGGAUAUGUGGCAAGGGAGCAUGUGAUUCUAUGCAAACUUCUGCACUCUGCUUGACAUACGAGAAGGGGUGAACUUUGUUUGACUUUAUUGUGGAGUAUGACUAUGAUGCUGCACAUGAAGAUGAAUUAACUAUUCGAGUUGGGGAAAUCAUCAGGAAUGUGAAAAAGCUGCAGGAGGAAGGAUGGUUAGAGGGAGAACUAAAUGGGAGAAGAGGAAUGUUUCCUGAUAAUUUUGUUAAGGAGAUUAAGAGAGAGACCGAAUCCAAGGAAGAUAGUUUGCCCAUCAAACGUGAACGGCAUGGGAAUGUAGCAAGUCUUGUGCAACGAAUAAGCACCUAUGGACUUCCAGCUGGAGGAAUUCAGCCACAUCCACAAACCAAAACCAUUAAGAAGAAGACAAAGAAGCGUCAGUGUAAAGUUCUCUUUGAGUACAUUCCACAAAAUGAGGAUGAACUGGAGCUAAAAGUGGGAGAUAUUAUUGACAUUAAUGAAGAGGUAGAAGAAGGCUGGUGGAAUGGAACCCUGAACAACAAAUUUGGACUGUUUCCUUCAAAUUUUGUGAAAGAAUUAGAGGUUACAGAUGAUGCUGAAACUCAUGAAGCCCAGGAGGAUUCAGAAACUGUUCUGACUGGGCCUACCUCACCUUUACCCUCUCCAGGAAAUGGAAGUGACACUCCACCUGGAUCGAUUACACAGACAAAGAAAAUCCGAGGAAUUGGAUUUGGAGAUAUUUUUAAAGAAGGCUCAGUGAAACUUAGGACAAGAACAUCCAAUAGUGAAGCAGAAGAGAAAAAAACCGAAAAGCCUUUAAUCAUACAGUCAUUAAGCUCCAAAACUCAGACUGUGGAAAUAACAAAAGCAGACACUGAAGGUAAAAUUAAAGCUAAGGAAUAUUGUAGAACAUUAUUUGCCUAUGAAGGUGCUAAUGAAGAUGAACUUACUUUUAAAGAGGGAGAGAUAAUCCACUUGAUAAGUAAGGAAACUGGAGAAGCUGGCUGGUGGAAGGGUGAACUUAAUGGUAAAGAAGGAGUAUUUCCAGACAAUUUUGCUGUUCAGAUAAGUGAACAGGAUAAGGAUUUUCCAAAACCAAAGAAACCACCACCUCCAGCAAAGAGUCUAGCUCCAAAACCAGACCUAGUGGCUGCAGAGAAAAAGUAUUUUCCUUUAAAGCCUGAAGAGAAAGAUGAAAAAACAACACUGGACCAGAAGCCUUCUAAACCAGCUGCUCCACAAGUCCCACCCAAGAAACCUACUCCACCUACCAAAGCCAAUAAUUUAUUGCGAUCUCCUGGAACAAUAUACCCAAAGCGACCUGAAAAACCAGUUCCUCCACCACCUCCUGUAGCCAAGAUUAAUGGGGAAGUUUCUACCAUUUCAUCAAAAUUUGAAACUGAACCAGUAUCAAAACCAAAACUAGAUUCUGAACCGUUACCACCUAGACCAAAAUCAGUAGACUUCGAUUCAUUUACAUUUAGGAGCUCUAAAGAAACAGAUCUUAUAAAUUUUGAUGAUAUAGCUUCUUCAGAAAACUUACUACAUCUCACUGCAAAUAGACCAAAGAUGCCUGGAAGAAGGUUGCCCGCCCGCUUCAAUGGUGGACAUUCUCCAACUCAAAGUCCGGAAAAAAUCUUAAAGUUACCAAAAGAAGAAGAUAGUGCCAAUCUAAAGCCAUCUGAAUUUAAAAGGGAUUCGUGCUACUCCCCAAAGCCGUCUGUGUAUUGUUCAGCACCUUCAAGUGCUUCUAAACCAAAUAUGACUGCUUUUGUAACUCCAUUAGAAAGCAAAACUAAAAUAGAAACAGAUGAUGGGAAAACAAAUUCCCUGGAUGAACUUAGAGCUCAGAUUAUUGAAUUGCUGUGCACAGUAGAAGCAUUGAAAAAGGAUCAUGGGAAAGAACUGGAAAAACUAAGAAAAGAUUUGGAAGAAGAGAAGGCAAUGAGAAGUAACCUAGAGAUGGAAGUAGAGAAGCUGAAGCAAGCAGUCCUAUCUUCUUGAAGAGGCACAGACCGCUGUUCUCAGUGCUCUAGGAAUUCCAAAGCAACACUAUGAACUUCAACAGACAUAAUACCUAAAAAAUAACAAAUGCUGAUGUUGUGAUAAAGAAGUAUAAAUAUAUAAUGUCUAUAGAUAAGUAGGGAGAGGGUAAACUUUUUAUAUAUAAAUAUAUAAAAAGCAUACACAUACACGUCUUGCCAAUCUGAAAAAACAGAGGCCUUAUUUCUUAUGUGCUGGGAUUGCAAACUUUUUUUUUUAGUUUGCUUGAAAAUACUACUGAAUCUGUAUAAAAGUAAAGAAAGUUCAACAAUAGUUUUUUUAUUGAAACUUGUAGUAUUAUUUUUAAAGAGAUCUGUGCUAUAAAUAUGGUGAUAUCUUUACAAAUAAUCUGUAAAAUAUACUACUUGAGAGGGACAAAAUAGCUUUAUAGUAACUAUAGUCACUACUUUUCCCAUAAUACAUAAGGGAUAUAAACUUUGUAUAUAUAAAUAUUUUUUACUUUUAGCAUCUUACCCAGGAUUACACUGUUGUGCCUGUUUGUUUGCAAUGCUAUUUAUAUUCUUGGUGAUAAAAUAGGAAUUUCCUAGUUAUAAACCAGAUUAUUCACCCAUGCCUAUAGUACUAACUAAUGAAAUAAUCAAAAUAAUUUCUCCAACUUUUAGAGUAUUUUAUAUUGCUUGCACUACAUAGGAUUCACAAAAGGAGUUUAGUUAAAUUGUAUUGUUAAAUAGACUUGGGAAAAUAUGAGCUAUAUUUUAAAUUCAUUAGGUCUAAGGAACUAAAAAUGUUAAUUUAACCCUUAACUUGUGCCUAGAAACUGCAGCACAUAUAAUAUGCAAACACCAGCCUAUUGCUGUAUUUUCCGGUUUAUUUUACAAGCUCAAAUAUAACUCAUUUUAUGAUCUUGUGAUUUAAUGCUUUAUGGCCCUCCCUCUGAUUUUUAAUAGUGGUGGUGAUAGGAAGACAGAACUCAAAAUUUUCAAAACUUCUGUGAGGUUUCAUAUUUUGACAAGUUGUCAUUAUGUAAAUACUCAGGUUUUACCUAAUAUACCAAACUAACUGGUAGAGAUCUUUUGGAUUGUCAUUUAGGUACCAGUUUUAUAAAGAAUGGUCGUAUAUCAUAAAAUAUAACAUUACAGCUUAUUUAAAGCCAAAUAUAGUUGACCAUAUUCAAAAUGCAUUUUCAUAGAUGGAUGAAUUGGCAGUUUCUUCAGAGUCAGGAACAGUUGAAAGUUUUAAAAUGAUGUAUCUAUAGAAUAUGUCUCAUUGUGGAUUUAUAUUAAGAUUUUUUUAAAUUAACUUUUUUCAUUUGUAAAAUUUAAAUUUUAAGCCUUAUAUAGCAAAUGGCCUUCAGAUUUUGAGUACCAAGUAUUUUAUUUUGAUUUUGUUGUAUUAAACCCACCAAAACUAAUAUUUUUCUUUUGUGUUUUAAUUAUAAUACUGAAAUCUUAUGUUAAUAGUUUAGUUAAUAAAAUUUUAUCCAUUGGUUUAAAAUAAUAGAAAUAUAAUUACUUAUUACAACUUUAAUUAGAGUUUUUUUGGAAACUUUUUUGUGCAUUGAUUAUGUGUGUACUUUUUAACUUUUAAGUUCUUGGGCUCUUAAGAUGAUGAAGGCACUACUGAACAAAAUUGUUUCCUCCUGUUUUAGUCUUUUAAAAAUGACUUGUUGAAUGAUUUCCUUCUUGUUAGAUAAAUUAGAUAUUUUCUUCUAAUGAAAAUCCCUGGGUACAAAUAAAAACAGUGUAUCUUAGAGAUAUCUCAAUUUUCUGACUGAAUUAGUGACUCCUCCCCAUCUUAAUGGACCUGGUUAAGUUUCUAGCAGAUUUCAAGCUGUUCUUAAAGUUUCUAUUGAUACUUUUCUCACAGUGCAUAAAAUCAAGACGAUCACGAGUACUGAAACUAUUUAAGAUCUUUGUAGAAUGCUCAGACUAGGAAAGUAAUUGAAGUUACUGUCUCUCUUUUUCUGCUCUUGAUCUGAUAGUAAAAGAAAACCAAGCCAAUUCACACUCAGAGUGAUAAAUAACUAAUCUGGCUAUUUAAAUCUAUUAUUUGCUCUUGAUAUGAGAACCUUUAAUUUCUAAUAAUAAAUAUCACAAAAUGAUAUGUAAUUAUAAUGACCUUAGGGAUAUGUCAUUAAAAUUUUUCUAUGAGUGAGUAUAAAUUGCAGAAUAGAAGUGAACAGCAUUGAAUCUCAUUGCCAAAUUAUUGGUGAAUGUAUUGUUCAGAUUUUCUGUUCUUUGAAACACAUAAUAUUUCUAAUUUUCCUAGUUCUAUUUUAAUAUUAGGGUGUCUGUCUAGCCACCCGUCUGCCUAUGUGUCUGACUAUAAAGCUGUUAAUCUUUGUCUGAAGACAGGAAGAGAGAAUGGACCUGAUGUAACAAAGGAUUCUCUUUAUUAUGCUUUUUACUGUGAUCACAGAAAAAAAUCCAAGUACUCUCUAGAUUGGUUGUAAACAUUUUAUGCUUGCAUUUAAACUUGAAAUAUAUGAACAGAACGAGACAAUCAGUUAAAUCAGAAAUGAGAAGUUAAAAUUUCAUGACCUUAUUUUGCUGUAGCAAUAAAAUGACCAAGUGCAAUGACUUGAUUUAAUAAAAUCAUCUUUUAAAAGUUGCUGCUAUGAAUAUUUUUAGCCAUGAAAUUUUACCCUUGUUGUAGUCUGACUUGCCUUCACUAUAUGUAAUACAGCUGGUGUUGUAUUCUAACAUUCCAAAACUAAGAAUAUACAUAUAUGGGGAAACUCAAAUAGUAUAUACUUCACUGACUUGUUUACAGGUGCUGUAAAAUAAAAAUGCUUCUCUCUCAAAAGAAAAAUUAAUAAUAAAGACUAGUACUGCCAGUUGUAUCAGUCCUUAUUGGUGUUUUUUUAUUACUGUCAACAUAAGCUUAUAGCAGAGUUUGAUGAAAAUUAUUUUACAUUUGUUUUCCAAAGUGAAAGAGAUAAUGUAAGUAGUAUAAUGAAAGCAUCAUUUUUUUGGAUUGCUGAAUAAUAUUCCACUGUGUAUAUAAGCCACAUCGUCUUGAUCCAGUCAUUUAUUUUUGGGCAUUUGGGUUGUUUCCAGGUUUUGCCCAUUGUAAAUAGUGCUGCAAUAAACAUAGGUGUACAGGUGUUCUUUUGAAUCAAUGUUUUUGUGUCCUUUGGGUAGAUCCCUAGUAGUGAAAUUGCCAGGUCAUAUGGUAGCUCCAUUUUUAGUAGACUGAGGAACCUCCAGACAGCUUUCCACAUUGGUUGGACCAAUUUGCACUCCCACCAGCAAUGUAGGAGAGUUCCUUUUCCACCACA